GUCAUUGCUCACCGAGCGAUUCAAGUUCAGAGUGGCAAAUAGAUCAGCAGCUAAUCUUCAUCACUUGAGUGUGUCGUUUCGAUUUUCAUUGCAAAUUUUUCUGUACAUUUCGCUCGAUAUCAAAAAUGUUUUCUCGCACGCUGAAAACUGUUGCGACUCAGGGAGUCAAGAACUUCUCCACUAGCUCUCAGAAUAAUGUCAAAGUGGCCGUAUGCGGUGCUUCGGGUGGAAUCGGUCAGCCCCUAUCGUUGCUUCUGAAACAGAGCCCAUUGGUAACGGAACUGUCUUUGUACGAUAUCGUUCACACACCCGGAGUGGCUGCUGAUCUGUCGCACAUCGAGACCAACUCCAAGGUCACUGGAUACAAUGGUCCGGAAAACCUGGAAAAGGCUCUGGCCGGUGCUGCCAUCGUCAUCAUUCCAGCCGGUGUCCCACGCAAACCUGGCAUGACCCGUGAUGAUCUGUUCAACACGAAUGCAUCGAUCGUUCGGGAUCUGGCAGCUGGAAUCGCCAAGGCAUGUCCGAAGGCUCUGAUCGGAAUUAUCUCAAACCCGGUUAACUCUACGGUACCCAUCGCUUGUGAUACGCUGGCCAAGGCCGGAGUCUUGGACCCGAAGCGCGUCUUUGGUGUGUCCACAUUGGACAUUGUUCGAGCUAACACAUUUAUCGGCGAGGCUACCGGAGUAGAUCCACAAAAGGUCAACAUCCCCGUUAUCGGGGGUCAUUCGGGUGUCACUAUCAUCCCGGUUCUUUCGCAAGCAACUCCAUCUGUUAGCUUCCCACAGGACAAAAUUUCAGCGCUGACCGAACGCAUCCAGGAGGCUGGAACUGAGGUCGUAAAGGCAAAAGCCGGAGCAGGUUCGGCCACACUAUCCAUGGCUUAUGCGGGUGCACGAUUUGCCCUGGCCUUGGCACGCGCUCUCAACGGAGAGAAGAAUGUGAUCGAGUGUGCCUAUGUGCGUUCCGAUGUGACUGAGGCCAAAUAUUUCUCUACCCCGCUGGUACUGGGCAAAAACGGUCUGGAGAAAAACCUCGGACUGCCAAAGCUGAAUGCCUAUGAACAGGAUCUGCUUAAGAAGGCCAUCCCGGAGCUUAAGAAAAAUAUUCAGAAAGGCGAAGAGUUUGUUAAGAAAAACUAAAGUGCAUCUGUUUAAAAUCACUAUACCAACAACAACGGAUUAUGUUUUCUGCCAGUGUAGUAGAGUAAUCUACUGUAAGUCAUUAAAGUACAAGUUUUAGAGCAUUUGGCAUUCGACAAGACAAGCAACUCGCCAACAUCAUAAAGUUACGCCAGACGAUGGUGCGAUGUCGUGAUCUUGAAAUUUCUUUCUUGAAAAAAAAUGAGUUACCACCAGUGUUAUCUUGUGCUGCGUAACCAAUAAAGUUAAGUAAAAAAUAAUAGAAGAAACUUCUGCCCAAAGAGAUAUUAGUGAAUUUUCAUCAACCAUGAAGUAAAACUAGGCUCGAAAGGUACCCUUUAGUCUUGAAACAGAAAAAUCGAGCGCUAUUAAGCAAAAAAAUAAAAUCAAUAUUGUGCUGAAAACUUA